AUGCCACGAUCCGUGCCUUCCACCGGGGCUCACGUGUGCGACUCCUGUUUCAAGAGCUUCCAACGACGUGAUCUCCUCUUGCGCCAUCGACGACGCUGUCUGCGCUCAAACAAAUCCGCAGUGCGUCGCAAAGCGUGUAAUGCCUGCGCCCAGGCCAAGACCAAAUGCUGCUAUACACAACCGACUUGCUCCCGCUGUGCGAAACGAGGCAUCCUCUGCGAGUACGUGUCCGUGGCAGUCGCCUCUUCUGCCACGGCCUCUUCCUCGUCUCUCUCUGCCGACCUCUCGUCACUGGGGGGCCGUCGCAGCCCGCUGGGCGAUCCUGCCGCCGACAUUCUGGACUCAUGGAGCCCACAGAACUUCCUCUGGGCACUGGAUCGAGUCGAUCUCCCGUCAUUGCCAUCCCCGUCGACCAGCGUGGUCAACCAAUUUACUCUGGGCCCGGUGGCCGCGAUCCCGACCACCUUUCCCCUACUUGAGGAGACUUCCCUCGCGCCGCCGGAUCCAGGGAUUCCCGGUCUGUCCGCCCUGACCGGGCUCGGCUCGCGGGAUGCCACGAACUCGCCUCGGGCAUCAGGAUCCAGUCCGGAAGGGGCCGAAGGGCACCCGGCCAACUACGUGCGUAUACUUCGCAAGUACCCAAGACUCCUGCUUCAGGGCGAUUUCUACUCUCCAUUUCUGCACCGCACUCUGUUCAAUGAGCAUGUGCCGGACAUGACAAUUCUGCCGCACACAUCCAUGGCCAUCUGCUGCGGAAGUGCUUUGGGCACCAAGGACGGUGCGGCCUAUGUCAAGCGAGCCAUGGACGCACAACGGCAAAGCCUGAUCGAGUCAUAUCCCACCUACCACUGUUUGGAGCAGUGGGACGCUCUGCAUGCGAUGCUCCUCUACGAGAUCCUCGAGAUGAGCGUGGCGCCCGUCGACGAAUCCGAGAGCUGGAAGCGGAGGCGACGCACGAGAGGGCUGAAGUCGCCCUUUCUCUCCAGAAUGACCCAGUGUUUCUCGCGGUCCUACCUCGAGUCCCACGAUACGGCCCUCCUGCCUGACACCGACACCGACACCACCGGCUCCUGGGUGAAAUGGGCCGUCACCGAAACGGCCCGCCGCACCAUCUUCCUCGCUAACGUUGUCAACUUCUUCAGUAACCGCGAUCUCGACUCAGGGCGCCAGUCGCCCUACUACGAGCCCCUCAACGAUGAGCUCAUCUUGAAGAUGCCCCUGCCCUGCAGUCAAGGGCUAUGGGGUGCCCGCACCGAAGACGAGUGGCGCCAGGCAGCGCAGUCUCCCACGGGCUCUCCAGGCACCCCCGACGUUUUGUCAACCAGCGAGCAGCUCCCAAAUCACCAUCAGCCCCCCUCGCUCCAGUCGCUUUUCUCAGAGUUUUCCAAGGAUUAUCUGCGGGCAAAAUUCACGAGGACCGCAGGGUUUGCCGACUCCAAUGCGCUUCGGUCCUUCAUCAUUCUUUGUGCGCUGGAGCAAUUUUCGUGA